AAAACAUUGGUGUUACAAAGGAUCCAGCUUAUGGAUGCUCUGAGAAACAAAAUGAAACAAAAUGAUGACGACUCACGACUGAUCUUGGAAACUAUGAAACACAUAAUAAUGCUCAGCACAGCCAUACUUGAAUCUCAGCAGCAAGCACGUGAGAUGGAAGAGAAAUUGAAUGACAUUAAAAGGAAAAGACUCUUACUAAAACAAGCUGGAGGAAACAAACUACUGCAAAUUCAUACCACAAUGAAAAAACAAAAGAAGGAACUAGCAAGUAUGGAAGUGGGUGAAAUGCUGGAGAAGAUACGUAACAACUUACAAAAAGAAAAAGAGAUGACUACCUUAAUUCAAAAUAUAUUCCAGAAUAUCAUAAUUGGAAGCAGAGUUAACUGGGCAGAAGAUCCAUCUUUAAAGGCAAUUGUUCUCCAGCUUGAAAAAAAUCUGUCUUUUCUCUGAGUAAGGAAAAAUGGCGUUUAAUUUUAUAUACCGUAUGUAACCAACAUAUGACAUUUGAUAUCGACUAACACGUGUCAUGAAAGCACAUUUUUAAGAGUUUGAAAAUGUAACCUUUCUGGAAGUGCUUCCUCUCUAAAGAGACUCAGAAUGUGGCCACGCAACUCUUUAGAGUGAAAUUUAUACAAAUGUUAGAACACUUAAUGUAGUUGAUGAAAGUAAGUGAAGAAUCACUUCCUGGCUGUUUUAGCCCAAGAGCUCACUUCCAUCGCAAAUGUAGCAAUGACCCAAUAAAGAAGAAUAAACUAUG